AUGUCUCACACACAGCAAGAAAAACCACUCAAUCGCGCUGACGAGGUCAAAGACCUUCUCGACGCCGUGCAAGAGCUGAUAAUACCCUUUAUUCGCUCUGCAGACGAAGACGCAGCGACAAAACACACAGGCCAUGGACUGAAGAUCGAAGGUGGCGGGCCUAGAACCGCAUUAGUGGAGCAUCACCCACCUAAGAAGCUCGAAUCCAUCCUCAAAGAAGAGCUGGAAAUCAAGGACGAAAGAGCCGGUAAAGAUGGGCUGGUGAAGCUCGUGGGAAGUGUUUUGAAGUACUCCGUAAACACAUGGGACCAAGGGUUCCUGGAUAAGCUGUACGCAAGUACAAAUGCUGUGGGAGUAGUCAGCGAACUGUUAUUGGCGGUAUUGAAUACCAACUCACACGUAUACCAAGUCUCGCCUGUGCUAACACUUGUUGAAAAACGCACUACAAAGUAUCUAGCCUCACUGUUUGGCCUUCCUUCCUCGACUUCAGGAGGCAUCUCCCAACCAGGCGGCAGUGCAUCAAACAGCGCUGCCAUAGUAAUUGCCCGCAACAACCUUUACCCCGAGACCAAAACUGAUGGCAAUGGAUCCCGCAAAUUCACCAUCUUCACGUCAGCCCACGGUCACUACUCGGUUGAGAAAGCAGCCAACCUCUUCGGUCUCGGUUCCAAGAACGUGAUUUCCGUCCCUGUCGACGAUCGAGGCUGCAUCAUUCCCUCUGAAUUCGAGCGCUGUGUAAGAGAAAGCAAAGACCGAGGCGAAACACCCUUCUUCCUAAACGCAACAGCCGGAACCACCGUCCUCGGCUCCUUUGACCCCUUCACCGCUCUCAGCAAGAUCUGCAAAGAACAAAACCUCUGGUUCCAUAUCGAUGGCAGCUGGGGAGGAAGCGUAGUUUUCAACGCCCAAUACCGCGAAUCACGCCUCAAGGGCGCUGAACUCGCCGACAGCAUAACCAUCAACCCGCACAAAAUGCUCGGCGUGCCCAUGACGUGUUCAUUCCUUCUCGGCCGCGACAUGAACACCUUCUACCGCGCACUUACGCUACCCGCUGGCUAUCUUUUCCACAACGCACCUGGUACUGACGCAGCGGACAUCUACGAUCUUGCUGAUCUGACACCUCAAUGCGGUCGUCGCGCUGACUCGCUCAAGAUGUUCCUGGCCCUUCAAUACUACGGUGCGCAGCACUUCAGCGACUUGGUAGCCCGUGGGUACGAGAACGGAGAAUAUCUUCUGAGCAAACUGAAGGAGAGCGGCAACUUCAAGACGAUCAGUCCGGAGCCGCUCCCGUGUCAGCAGGUGUGCUUUUACUAUGCCAAAGGAGGAAACCUGGGGGAUGAGGUGGACGCCAAUAGUAAGGCGACGACUGAGAUUGCCAAUAGACUUAUCAGUAGAGGGUUCAUGAUUGACUUUGCCCCUGGGGAGAAGGGCAAGUUCUUCAGAGUCGUGGUUAAUGGGGGGUUGAUCAAGGGGACGCUAGAUGGGCUUGUCAAGGCACUUGAAGAGACGGCCACAGAUUUGGGGUAUUAG